AGACGCAGUCGCCGUCUGCAAGUUCCUGGUUGGGGACCAGAGAAGAGGCUAGCCGAAAGGAUGUUGAAGACUAUAAAACAAGCCCUUUUCUCCACCGGCUUGGAGAUGCCUAAGUGGACUGCAUUACCAAAUCAGGCAUCUGAUUAUGAAAUUCGACAGUAUGAACCUGCCAAAUGGGUAUGCACAUCUCUUAAAACCAUAGACUGGGAUGUAGCCAUCAAUACUGGCUUCAUGAAGCUCUUUAACUAUAUUAAGGGCAAGAAUGAAAAAGGAGCAAAGAUAGCUAUGACGGCUCCAGUGACAUGCUAUGUCCAGCCAGGGGCUGGACCAUUCUCUGAGUCCAUCACAACAGUUGCCUUUUAUUUGCCAUCUCAGUACCAGGCAAACCCUCCCAAGCCUUCAGAAGCAGAUGUCUUCAUCGAAACCAAGCCAGGGAUUACGGUGUUUGUCAGAUCAUUUGGAGGAUUUGCUAAAGCUAAAAGAAAUCAAGAAGAAAUACAAGCACUUGCUGAAAGUUUGAAGCGGGAUGGAAGAGCAUUUCAAGAAAGAGUCUAUUAUAGUGCUGGUUAUGAUAGUCCAUUUAAACUGCUGAACAGACAUAAUGAAAUUUGGCUUAUCAAAAAAAGCUAAAAUUUUAGUACAGCAGUACAGAUUAUAGUAUUAACUUUUAAAUGCCUACUUAAUGUAGUUUUUCUUAUGUAUGAAAGCUAUGUUUUUGUGUAUUUUCUAACAUAUUUCUUUGCAUCUACCAUUGACUAAAUUUCUAUGCCAAUGUAAAAUGGAUAUUUUGUUGCUACUGUAGGGCUAAUAAUAGGAGGGUAAUACUAAUAAUAGGAACCACAGAAUAAGAAGCCAACAUAUACCUUGAAAGUGUGAUGAAUUAUCUUUUCUAUGAACUUUACUGAACUUUCUACAAAAACAGUAUUUAUGCAAACCUUUUCCACUAAACUGGAGGCUUAGUUUGGAGAGAGAGGAAGUUUGAAAGGCAGGUAGGGCAACCUUGAAUCUCCAUGAAUCCCAUAGCUCUUUCUGGAGUCCCCUAGAUUGCAUUCCUUCAUUAGGAGGCAAACUGCUAAAUAGCAUUAUUUUGCUGCUGAUCUUUGCUGCAAAAUCAAACAUAAAAUUGAACUUUGGUAGGCUUGAUGCACCAAUUAAAUAAAAAGCCACCCCAUUAUUCCCUCCUUCCAAAGAGAAGGGAAAGGGGCAGAAAAUUAUGUCCCUGCUGCACCAUCAAAUCCCAACAUACCCCUUUGGUCCUUGGCCAUUGGGAAAAAAUGUUAAAAGGCACAACUCUUGAACUGCCAAAAAAAGAGGUCACCUGUCCCUGUCCUCAGGUAAUCAAGGAGGGCCUACCUGCUUCCCUCUUUAGCCCAAGGACAGCUCCUUUGGACCCUUUUGAAAAUGUUACCUUAGAGAGCUAGCGUCAACCUCCAGCUGCCUUCUAAGUCAAGCUCUGGGCUGAAGAUUUUUAAACAUUGCUGAUGUGUCCUCUAAAUCAGUGGUUGCUGAAUUUGGGGGGCACUUUUGGCUUGUUUGGAGUGCAGCUUUUAGGGUGAGAAUGAGAGCAGCUUGCUUCAAAGAGGCCCCCCAUUCCCUUUCACCUCCUUCACUACUGAGUUGUGGCGCUUAGUUCUUUGAACAUUGCUCAUGCUUGUUCUAAAUAAUUAUUGAAUAUACAGGUAGUCCUCUUUAGCGAUUGCAGUUGGUUCCGAUGACUGUCGUUAAGUGAAGCGGUCGCUAAGUGAAAAAUCACAUGACCCCCAACUGUGCUUAUGAGUUUACUUCAACUUUUUCUCCACUCCCCCACCCUUUGUAAUACCCCGGCACUGGGAUAAUUAGCAAGAGGAGAAUUAAUGUUUGUAUUUACAUUCAUUGGAGAGGAAGGGAUGACGAGAAUAAGCAGGCACACAAUGGGGAAUACACAUUGAAAGGAAUGAGUGCCCACUGUUUGCUUAGUGCGCUUGCUGCUGCCAGCAGCUUAGGAGGCAAACAAAAGCCUUCAGUGUGAAAUUGAUUAGGGUCUUGUCAGUUUCAGAUAGCAGGGCUAGCCUGCCAGAGGGUUCUAAUCAACUAAUUAAGGUCACAGAGCAGUUAGCAGGUUUUGGGGAAGUGCUGCACCUGGAGAAAAGUAGCUGAGGAAAGA